CUCCUCCUCUACACCUCCUCUACCUGUUGGAGGAAGUGAACGUCAUCCUGUCUCCUGAUCUUCAUUCUGCUUUCACUCCACUCAGAGACGCCACUGAGGAGCUUUUAACCAGUGACUGUAUGUGUUUGUUUCUUGCUGUUUGAUUCUGAAUGGAGCUAAAACUCACUCAGUGGGUUGAAGGGCUACGGUGGCUGAUUCUCCACUGAGCUGCUCUGAUCAUUACAGACGUCCUGAAAGUGAAAGUGGAGUUUGGACUGAAGGAGCCAUUACAGAGAAACAGCACAGCAGCAGUUGGAGGAAAUGGCUGCUAGAAACCCUCUUUCAGAAGAAGAGCUUUCAUGUGUUGUGUGCUGUGACAUCUUCAGGGAUCCUGUUCUACUGUCGUGCAGCCACAGUGUGUGUAAAACCUGCCUGCAGAAGUUCUGGGAAACUAAGGGGUCUCGAGAAUGUCCAGUUUGUAGAAGAAGAUCCUCAAGGGAACUUCCUCCCAGUAACCUUGUACUGAAGAACGUGUGUGAGGCUCUUCUGGAGAGCAGGAGUCAGAGAUCUUCAGCAGGGUCUGAGGGGCUCUGUGUUCUGCACAAUGAGAAACUGAAACUCUUCUGUCUGGAUGAUCAGCAGCCUGUGUGUGUGGUGUGUCAGACUUCAAAGAAACACAGAAAUCACAAAUUUUGUCCAGUAGAUGAAGCUGUGACUGAGUUUAAGGAUAAACUCCAGUCUGCUUUGGAGCCUCUACAUGAGAAUCUGAGAGUCUUAGAGGAAGCUAAACGAGACUAUGACCAAACAGCCGCCCACAUUAAGACGCAGGCCCAGCACACAGAGAGGCAGAUAAAGGAGGAGUUUGAGAAGCUUCACCAGUUUCUAAGAGAUGAAGAAGCAGCAAGGAUAGCUGCACUGAAGGAGGAAGAGGAGCAGAAGAGUCAGAUGAUGAGGAGGAAGAUUGAAGAGAUGAAUAGAGAAAUCUCAGCUCUUUCAUACACAAUCAGGAACAUAGAGAAGGAGAUGGAGGCUGAGGACGUUCUGUUCUUACAGUCCACAGAGAAACAAGCUCAGCUCACACCAAAGGAUCCAGAGAAGACAUCAGGAGCUCUGAUCAAUGUUGGGAAGCACCUUUCCAGCCUGAAGUUCAGAGUGUGGGAGAACAUGCAGGAGGUUCUCCAGUACACCCCUGUUACUCUGGACCCCAACACUGCACAUCCAGACCUCCACCUGUCUGAUGAUCUCACUGCUGUAGAAAAGAGAGACCAGAGAUCAUCACUUCCAGAUAAUCCAGAGAGAUUUGAUGACGGCUGGUCUGUUCUGGGUUCUGAGGGUUUUAACUCAGGGAUUCACUGCUGGGACGUCCAGGUUGGAGACAGUCAUUACUGGGAACUGGGUGUGAUCACAGAGUCUAGAACAAGAAAAGGAAUCUCUUUCUGUGGUUCAGUGUGGAGGCUGAACUACAAUAAAAGCAGUAAUACAAUCUGGAUUCGCUGUCCAGGACAGUCAGGUCACUCCUUCACACCUAAAGAGAAGCUGCAGAGGGUCAGAGUUCAGCUGGAAUGGGACAGGGGGAAAGUGACCUUCACUGAUCUUCUAACCAACACACACCUGCACACUAUAACACACACUUUCACUCAGAGAGUUUUACCGUAUUUCUGGAAUGCGUCUGUUCAUCCUCUGAGGAUCUUACCAGUGAAGACGUCAGUAACAGUGGAGCAGCACAGUUAAAGCUGAAGCUGCUUAGAAUGAACAUUUAUAAGGUAGUGAGUGUCUGAAUUAUGAUCAUAAGAAUAUGUCACUGCAUGUAUAUUUUAAAUAAUGUGUUUGUACCGCUCCAUCCUGACAUGUCUGAGUGAAAUAAAAUGCUGGUUUAAAGUGUCA